CAGAAUGUGGCUUACCUUUUGCCUGAAAAGGUGAAGUCUUUUCAAAUAGAAAUGGCUGAUAAAGGUGGGAAGAUCCUUCCAGGACAAUUGUACAUUGAAGUGGAAUACGACUAUGAGUAUGAGGCCAAGGACAAGAAAAUUGUGAUUAAGCAAGGGGAGAAAUACAUCUUGGUGAAAAAGACUAAUGAUGAUUGGUGGCAAGUCAAAAGAGAUGAAAAUUCCAAACCCUUUUAUGUGCCAGCACAGUAUGUGAAGGAAAUACCACGAAAAGCGCUGAUGCCACCUGUUAAGCAGGCAAGCAUGCUGCCAAAUAAUGCUUUGAAGUUGACACAUGGAUUACAGAGAUCAACAGAAAAUGUGAAUAAGUCACCAGAGCUUUCUAGUUUUGGAAAAUCUUCUCCAGUUCAAGUGUCUUGCUUAGUUCGAGAUGCCAAUCAAAAUCUGGGACCGAACAAUAGCCCCGGUCAAACUCUUGGUUUGAGUCUGGACCUUACCCAAAACAAUGGAAAACUUAACAAUGAGUUGCAAUCUCCCAAGGUUUCCAAUCAGUAUAGAACUGUCUCCAUGGGUCAUUUCCCAUGUCCAGAGUUCUUGGAAAUAGAGAAGACCAGCUUUUUGCAUGAACAAUCUUGUGAUUCAGCAGGAGAAGGCUCAGAAAAAAUUCACCAAGAUUCAGAGUCUGGAGAUGAACUCAGCAGUAGCUCCACAGAGCAAGUGCAGCCAACUACUCCACCAAGCCAAGGGAGGCCUGAUUCACCAGUUUAUGCUAAUUUACAAGAACUGAAAAUAUCUCAGUCUGCACUUCCACCACUACCUACAAGUGCUCCGGUCCAAAUAAAUGGGGAAUGGGAAACUCAUAAAGAUACGACAGGACGCUGUUAUUACUACAACAGAGGAUCACAGGAACGAACCUGGAAACCUCCACGGUGGGCCCGAGAUGCAAGCAUUAAUAAAGGGGAUUCCCAGAGCCAUGCAGAUCAUGAGCAUCUUUCAUCAGAAGAAAACGACCACAGUUCUUGUUACAGCCAGUCAGAUAGUCAGUAUGGUUCUCCUCCAAAGGGUUGGUCAGAAGAGUUGGAUGAACAUGGUCAAACCUUAUAUACCAAUGACUAUACUAAUGAAAAGUGGAUAAAACACGCAGAUGAACAAGGUAGACCAUACUACUACAGUGCUGAUGGUUCCCGAUCAGAAUGGGAGUUACCUAAGUAUAAUGCUUCACCACAGCAGCAGAGAGAUAUAAUAAAGAGUAGGAGUCUGGACAGGAGGCUACAAGAACCAAUAGUUUUAACAAAAUGGAGGCACAGCACAAUUGUGUUGGACACCAAUGAUAAGGAAUCAUCAACUGCUUCUAAGGCCAGUUUUCCUGAAAAUGAGUCCUCUCCUUCUUCACCAAAGCAUCAAGCCACAGGUCAAGAGAAGUAUGGGCUGUUGAAUGUGACAAAAAUUACAGAAAAUGGGAAAAAAGUUCGAAAGAAUUGGAUGUCAUCGUGGGCAGUGUUACAAGGUUCAUCACUGCUGUUCACUAAAACCCAAGGAAGUGGAACUGGCUGGUUUGGUGUCAAUCAGUCUAAGCCAGAAUUUACAGUGGAUCUCAAAGGGGCGUUGAUUGACUGGGCCUCAAAGGACAAAUCCAGCAAAAAGAAUGUUAUUGAGCUAAAAACCCGCCAAGGAACUGAGCUCUUAAUUCAAUCUGAUAAUGACAGCUUUAUUAACGAAUGGUAUAAAGUUCUUAACUAUACCAUCAACAAUCAGGUAGUAGAGUCUGAUGAAGCAUUAGAAGAUGAUGUACCAGAUUCCCCUGGGGUGGAAAAACAAGACAAAGAGAAAGAGAAUAAAGACUCUAAGAAACUUCGUUCAGUGAAAGCACCUAGCAAUAUAGAUACCACAGAUCAGAAAAAGACCAAAACGAAGCUCAAGAAGUUUCUUACACGGCGCCCUACGUUACAAGCUGUCCGUGAAAAAGGAUACAUUAAGGAUCAAGUGUUUGGUUCCAAUCUCACCAGCUUGUGUCAAAGAGAAAACAGCACGGUGCCAAAGUUCGUGAAGCUGUGCAUUGAGCAUGUUGAGGAACAUGGGUUAGAUGUUGAUGGCUUAUACCGAGUUAGUGGCAAUCUUGCAGUGAUACAGAAGCUAAGAUUUGCAGUCAAUCAUGAUGAGAAACUAGACUUGAAUGACAGUAAAUGGGAAGAUAUACAUGUCAUCACAGGAGCUCUAAAGAUGUUUUUCAGAGAAUUGCCAGAGCCGCUGUUCACUUAUAAUCACUUCAAUGACUUUGUCAAUGCAAUUAAACAAGAACCAAGGCAACGUGUCCAUGCUGUUAAAGAUUUAAUCAAACAGUUGCCAAAACCAAAUCAGGACACUAUGCAGGUACUCUUUAGACACCUGAAAAGAGUUGUAGAAAACGGAGAAAAGAACCGAAUGACCUAUCAAAGUGUAGCAAUAGUUUUUGGUCCAACCUUAUUAAAACCAGAGAAAGAGACUGGUAACAUAGCAGUCCACACAGUAUACCAGAAUCAGAUUGUGGAAUUAAUUCUACUGGAAUUAAAUUCCAUCUUUGGACGCUGACAUUUUUCUGGGAGUAAAAACUGGAAGUGAUGGGUUGGCAGCAGUACUCCAUCAGAAGGAAAAUCUCUCACUGUACAUGAUGUAUUAUGUUUGUGGACCAAGCAGCAACUUGUUUUUUGCACUUUUGGGGAGGGGAGAAGCAGGAGAAAUGUUUGACCACUUUAAUGCAAAUUAAAGACAACACUCUGGAUUUCUUUGAAAAGUUCAAUGUAAAAAGUGAAUUGAAAAGUUUAUAGUUUGCCUUUUUUAAAGUAGCAUUGGAAAAAUGUAAUAUAGGUUCAUACACUGGAUUUCUUGGAGAGUAAAGCUAUUAAUCUCAAACUGGAUAAUCUGGAAUUUAAUCUUAAAAUUCUUCCACUUGAUAGGGAAAAGUCCUACCAACUGGUAUGGAAAAAUUCAGUGAAGUUACAUCUUAAGCUUGUGUAUUACAACCUACUCAGAUCUGUAUGACACUUUUCCAAGGGGUUUCUGCAUGCAGUGACUGUCUUAAACUUGUGCUAACAGUUUGGUUUAGUUAUUCAAAUCUAAUUCUUCACUUGA